GAAUAAAUACAUGAAUUAUCAUUAAAGAGCCGAAACUGCACAAAAACGGAUUAUUUUCGCAUAUUGUAUGUUCAUUUUAAAAAUUGACGACACUGAGUUUAGGUACUACUCGCUGAAGCUCGCUGCACUCCUCCUUUUUCGGUCCGCUAGUAGCUGCAGGGGUUCCAGUAACUACUCUUCUAUGAACUCCUUGUAAGUCUAAGCCCUUUUAAGUCUUGUACGCUGUUUUUAUUGCUCUGGUUUCGAUCUUGGUCGUCUUGCUGUUUUGGACGUUUGCUCCUUUUCUUUAAUCGGGAGGAAACUAUCUCCUCUUUUUUCUGAUUUUGUGGGUUUUGGCUUGUCCAUUAAGUUAUUUCGCUUUCAUAUUGGCUUUCUAGGGCUUUAAACAGUGCUCAUAUCAAGACCUUUGUCAAUUUUUGUCUCAGGUUGUGAUUAUUCAUUUUUGGAACGGUCGUUUUGUUUGCAUUAUGAAACAGCAAUCCUACUCUGCAGUCCAUAAAUACCACGAGAAUAUCAAUAUUCAUGGAAAAAAGCAAAUGAUUACUGAUAGAGUUGUUUCCUUACAUCCUAGAGAUCCGUUGAGGAACGUUACCAAUGUUGCUCAGUCUAUGCACGGUCCAACAGCGACAAAACGUUUCCGUUCUUGUCAGGAUGAAACCUUUGAAAGGAAAGAGGCCAAGCUUUCGUAUGUUGAAGAUUUCAAAGAGAACAACAGUCAUCUAGACGAAGUCGGAGAACGUCAAUUGGACAAAACCGGAAAUUUUCACCGGAAUUCGUACUUCUCAGAUUCGCCAACACGAGACCGUUCACCAACUGAAGAAGAGCCUCGUGUAGGCAUUCCUCAAUGGACUCAGGAGGACAUUGUCGAGCUCGAGCAGGUUACUGCCUUUUGCGAAACGAACCCAGUAGUUUACGAGGUGGAUUGUGACCCCAGUAUGGUGCAUGAGUACUCUCGCGAAAUCUUUGAUUACCUUUAUACGCUAGAGCAGCGGCUUGCACCAAACCCUCGUUAUAUGGAAAUGCAAACUGAACUUGAAUGGGGUAUGCGUAGUAUUCUAGUGGACUGGAUCGUCAAGGUUCAUGCUCGCUUUCGUUUGCAACCGGAAACACUAUACCUUACUAUCAAUUUGAUUGAUCGCUUUUUGAGCAUCAAGGUUGUCUCAGUGCAUAAAUUCCAGCUGGUUGGUGUUUCUGCGCUUCUCAUUGCUUGCAAAUAUGAGGAAGUGCAGUAUCCCAGCAUCCAGGAAAUAGUCACUCUCGUAGAUGGGGGUUAUACUCAUGAGGAGAUUUUGUGUGCUGAACGCUAUAUGCUGCUCAUGUUGAAUUUUGAUGUUGGAUGGCCGGGACCCAUGUCCUUUCUGCGUCGAAUUAGUAAGGCGGAUGACUAUGAUUUCGAUACGCGGACUCUUGCCAAGUACUUACUCGAGCUUACGUUAAUGGAUGAGCGUUUUGUAGGCGGACUUCCGAGUUUCCUUGCAGCAUCGGCUCAUUACCUAUCCACUCGAAUGUUAGAAAAAUCGCAUUGGGCCGUGAAACAUGUGUACUACAGUGGUUACACCGAACGACAACUUAAACCAUGUGCAGCAUCCAUUGUGGAGUGCCUUGUUGACGCGCAAGUUCAUUCCCGUUCAAUCUACCGCAAAUAUUUGGACAGACGCUACAAGUGUGCUAGUCGUUUUGCCGACAAUUGGGUGUCGCAAUACGUUGUCUAAUUAGACACGGUGGCAUACCCAAAUUACUCUCUCAUUAUCUCACUCCCACACACUCUCCAACUCUCUCUUUUUCUCUCUUCUAUCAUUGAUGCGACCAUUUCUUCUUUCACCGAAUUGGUCAUCUUUAGAACAAAGUGUUUUUGCUUGGCAAAAGACUUUAAAAUAAUGGCCCUAGAAACGUCCCUUUUUGGUUUCCGUUUGGUUCUUUUUCUUCUUCUUUUUGUUAAACCGUUUCCGUUUCUCCUUCCAUGUUCUUAAAAAAAGCCAAAAAAUAGCUCUGACAUUUUUUUAUCUAGUGGCACAAUAUUUGACAUGCUACUAUGAUGUAUAAGCUUAAAAAAAACCCCAAAUUUCAAUGUUCUUUUGAAAAGUCCGUUUUUCCUUUACAACCAAUUCCCUUUAUUACCGGCUUACUUCCAUUUAAGCAUAGUCUUGUGCAGCAACAGAGGACCUCUUAGGAAAGCAAUACGUCUGAAACACUACUGACUGCUUUCUCUUGUUGCUCGCGAGACAUAUUUACAAAUGUGUAAAAACUCCUCAAGUUUAUUUUACAUCUAACAAUGGAUGUGAAUAUUCUUUGAAUAAUCGUGCUCUUAUUCCCCUACAUCACCGAAUGAUUUUUCAGAAAAACUUAAACCUCAAAAAAUGCCAAGGCGAGAGAGCUUUGGCUUAGUAAUAACAGUAUUAUUUUUAAUAAAUACACUAAUGAAAGCGCUGUAAACGAACCUACAUAUUGCUUAUCUUUUCAUGUGAUUGUUAUCUGUAACAUAAGUACUCAUCCGUAAUUCUAAUAACAGGAUAAAAUGUA